AUGCCCUCCAGAUCAGAUAUCACCUAUUUCGGUGCAGGCCCAGCUCUGCUUCCUACUGACAUCCUCGAGGAUGCUGCCAAAGCUCUCCUCAACUAUCAUGAUACCGGCUUGGGUAUUGCCGAGCACUCUCACCGCUCGCAGCUAGCUGCCGAUGUAAUUAAUCAAGCCAAAGCUGAUCUGGUGUCCUGUCUUGAUAUUCCGGACGACUACGAGAUCCUCUUUAUGCAAGGCGGUGGCACAGGACAAUUCUCUGCUACAGCGUAUAAUUUUGUUGGCGCCUGGGUUACCCGCAAGCAGCAAGAGAUCUUUGGGGAGAUUAAAGGCGAUCCCAACGACUCUAAGGUGAUCCAGCGACUCAAGGAGGCCGUGGAUAAGGAUCUCAAGAUCGAUUAUCUGAUUACCGGCGGCUGGUCACAGAAAGCGUCAGCUGAGGGCGAGCGACUUUUUGGCUCAGAGCAUGUCAAUAUUGCGGCAGACAGUCGCAAGACGAACGGCGGUAAGUUUGGAACUAUUCCGGAUGAGAGCACCUGGAAGCUGUCUAAGGAUGCUGCCUUGGUGUAUUUCUGUUCAAAUGAGACGGUUGAUGGGGUUGAAUUUCCUGGAUUUCCUAAGUCUCUUCAGCCGGGCCCUGACGGGAAAGGGCCAAUUGUUGUCGCCGAUAUGAGUUCGAAUAUCCUUACAAAAAAGAUUCCAGUCAAGAACUUCUCGGCUAUCUUCUUCGGCGCCCAAAAGAACCUCGGACCAACCGGUAUCACCGUUGUGAUUAUCAAGAAGAGCUUUCUACCGCCUUUCACCUCUCAACCUUCAGCAAAUCUAAUGAGACAACUGGGUCUGCCUAUUCCACCUAUCAUCUUCCAAUACGAGACUAUUGCAAAGAAUAAUAGUCUUUAUAAUACAUUGAGUAUCUUCGAUGUAUACAUUAUAGGCCAGGUUCUUAGAAAGUUACUGCAAACAUAUCCGGACAAGGUUGAAGGACAGCAAGCUGUAUCUAACAAGAAGGCUCAACUUGUUUAUGAUGCCAUUGAGGCGUUUCCCGAGAUCUACCAGAUCAUUCCCAAUAAGGCAGUGCGGUCGCGUAUCAAUAUCUGCUUCAGGGUUAUUAAAGGUGGCGAUAUGGAUACCGCAGAGAGAGCCUUUCUAGAGGAGGGUAUCGCCCAAGGACUGACUGGGUUAAAGGGCCAUCGUUCGCUAGGAGGAAUUCGAGCAAGCAACUAUAACUCGGUUCCUCUUGAGGGUGCAGAGAAGCUUGCCAAAUUUAUCCGCGCUUUCGCAAUGUCAUAA